AUGUCGACUAGCAACGGCAAAAUUAAGCUCGGCCAAUACAACAUCAUCAAGACCAUCGGCACCGGAUCUUUUGGCAAAGUCAAACUGGCGGUCCAUGCCAUUACCGGGCAAAAGGUAGCACUCAAGUUCAUCAACAAGAAAAAGAUCGCCAGCAUGGACUUGGGAGGACGAGUGAAACGAGAGAUCCAAUAUCUUAAACUGUUACGACAUCCUCAUAUCAUCAAGUUAUACGAAGUCAUUGUCACGCCAACUGACAUCAUUAUGGUCAUUGAAUAUGCUGGUGGUGAACUCUUUAACUACAUUGUGGAAAAAGGCCGCAUGUCAGAAGAUGAUGCUCGAAGGUUCUUUCAACAAGUCAUUUGUGCAGUGGAAUAUUGUCAUCGACACAAGAUCGUACACAGAGAUCUCAAGCCCGAAAACCUACUCUUGGAUGCCAACAACAAUGUAAAGAUUGCCGACUUUGGUUUAUCCAACAUCAUGACCGAUGGCGAUUUUCUAAAAACAAGCUGUGGAAGUCCCAAUUAUGCAGCGCCCGAAGUGAUUUCUGGCAGGCUUUAUGCUGGACCUGAAGUGGAUGUUUGGAGCUGUGGUGUUAUUCUUUACGUGAUGCUGUGUGGACGAUUGCCCUUUGAUGACGAAUACAUCCCCACCUUAUUCAAGAAGAUCAAUGGGGGUAUCUAUACUAUGCCAUCCUAUCUCAGUCCUGAAACCAAGUAUCUGUUAACGUCCAUGCUGGUUGUGGAUCCUAUGAAACGCAUCACCAUUCAAGAAAUCAGACAAAACCCAUGGUUCAACAAGAAUCUUCCAGAAUACUUGAUGCCCCUUCCAGAUACAGAAGAUGAACUUUGUCGUCCUGUGGAUGAUGCCAUUGCACAUGAACUUUCAAAGAAAAUGGGCUAUCCAGAGGACAAGGUACAAAAAGCGUUACAUGCACCAGAAAACAACCACAUCAAGGUGGCCUAUCAAUUGGUAAUCGACCACAAAAGGAUGCUGAAAGAAUCGGACAGCAACAUCCAAAGUUUCUUUGCAUCAUCACCGCCUCCAUGGAACACAAGCUUCAGUGAUCAUCAAAGUGAACCACGUGAUAACGACUCCAUGCAUGAUUUGUCAUCCUCCAUCACCGUCCUCAGCUCAAGUCUUCCUAAAAGCGAUGGCAGCUUCCCACCACCCUCAACACCCACAUCACGCGCACGUUCUUCUUCACGAGCAUCUGCUACCAUGGGAGGGGGACAACCGAUUGCGCCUAUUGUGGGAACGCCACCUCCUGGUGCCAUGGCCCCUGUAUCCUCAGCACCCCGUGAUACUCCAUCACGCCCUUCACAACAUCGUCUUUCAGCAACCGCACAACCUCAUGGCAUGACAUCACCGCGACGAUCAGGGAAACCACGAUCCAAGUGGCAUUUUGGUAUACGUAGUAAAUGUCCUGUAUGGGAAGUCAUGUUGGAAAUUUAUCGAUCAUUACAAAAUGUGGGCAUGGAAUGGCGUGUCAUUGAUCCCUAUCACAUUCGGUGUCGCUAUCGGUACAACAUACCCAAUCUGGUGGUCAAGUUCGAUCUUCAAUUGUACAAGCUAGGCAACAAUAGCUACUUGGUGGAUUUUAAAAAUGUCAACUCAAGCAAAGACCCGAGUCGUGUGGAUGAAACAUUGGAUAAGGUCAAAGAAGAGGUUGAAAAGAUGCAUUUGGACAAGCAACAGCCACAUCAGGAAGAAGAGGGCGAUGAACAGGCACAACUACCUAUCUGGAUGAGGAAGAAUGCAAUAGGAGGAGAGGAUGAUGAUGAUGAUGACCAUGGUGGUGACAAGAUCCUUAGUGUAUACCCGUUCUUGGAUGUCUGUAGCAAGCUCAUCACUGAUAUUGUAUAA